AUGACACGUGGAAAUAAUAUUAUCUGUCAGUCCCAUAUCAAAACAGAACACCAAAUUUUCACCUGGAUCGGAGACCUCCACCAACGUCAGAGACCCUCCACCAACGUCAGAGACCCUCCACCAACGUCAGAGACCCUCCACCAACGUCAGAGACCCUCCACCAACGUCAGAGGACCCCCACCAACGUCAGAGACCCCCACCAACGUCAGAGACCCCCCACCAACGUCAGAGACCCCCCACCAACGUCAGAGACCCCCCACCAACGUCAGAGACCCCCCACCAACGUCAGAGACCCCCCACCAACGUCAGAGACCCCCCACCAACGUCAGAGACCCCCCCACCAACGUCAGAGACCCCCCACCAACGUCAGAGACCCUCCACCAACGUCAGAGACCCUCCACCAACGUCAGAGACCCUCCACCAACGUCAGAGACCCUCCACCAACGUCAGAGACCCUCCACCAACGUCAGAGACCCCCACCAACGCAGAGACCCCCCACCACGUCAGAGACCCCCCACCAACGUCAAGACCCCCCACCAACGUCAGAGACCCCCACCAACGUCAGAGACCCCCACCACGUCAGAGACCCCCCACCAACGUCAGAGACCCUCCACCAACGUCAGAGACCCCCCACCAACGUCAGAGACCCCCACCAACGUCAGAGACCCCCCACCAACGUCAGAGACCCCCCACCAACGUCAGAGACCCUCCACCAACGUCAGAGACCCCCCACCAACGUCAGAGACCCCCACCAACGUCAGAGACCCCCACCAACGUCAGAGACCCCCACCAACGUCAGAGACCCCCACCACCACGUCAGAGACCCCCACCAACGUCAGAGACCCCCACCAACGUCAGAGACCCUCCACCAACGUCAGAGACCCUCCACCAACGUCAGAGACCCCCACCAACGUCAGAGACCCCACCAACGUCAGAGACCCCCCACCAACGUCAGAGACCCCCACCAACGUCAGAGACCCUCCACCAACGUCAGAGACCCUCCACCAACGUCAGAGACCCUCCACCAACGUCAGAGGUUCCCUCAUCCAUAUCAAAGACCCCCUCUAA